CCAAAAAGCUCAGAAUUUAUGUAUGGUGUUUUUGGAAGCAUUUUGUGGUGUUUGGCUUAAAGUGGCAACAUUAAAAUUAAAUGUCAUUAAACACGUCAAUGUUGCUGAAAUGCUUGUUUGAUGAAAACAUGCGAUUUAUUCUAUUAAUAAAUUGAAAAGGCUUCGUAAAACUGACGAAAACUGCGACAAUAUUCAUGUCGGUCACUAAAGUAAUCAGAUAAAAGUGUGAUUUUGGGACUUGUGCUAGAUCAUAGUUUUGUAACGAUGUCUAUGCCACAUAGCAGCUCUAGUACGACGAGUUCGAGCACGAAACGCAAAGAAAUAUACAAAUAUCAAGCACCAUGGCCGUUGUAUUCGAUGAACUGGUCCGUGCGUCCUGACAAACGAUUCAGACUGGCCCUUGGCAGCUUUGUAGAAGAAUAUAACAAUAAGGUACAAAUAAUAUCACUGGAUGAAGAGACAAGUGAAUUCAGUGCCAAAAGCACAUUUGACCACCCCUACCCCACCACGAAGAUCAUGUGGAUUCCGGACAGUAAAGGGGUGUACCCAGAUCUACUAGCUACCAGCGGCGACUACCUCCGCAUAUGGCGCGCUGGAGAACCGUACACCCUUUUCGAGUGCGUUCUAAACAACAACAAGAAUUCUGACUUCUGCGCACCGCUCACUUCGUUUGACUGGAACGAGGUGGACCCCAACCUCAUCGGCACCAGCUCCAUCGACACCACUUGCACUAUCUGGGGGCUGGAGACGGGACAGGUGUUGGGACGAGUCAACGAGGUCUCCGGACAUGUUAAGACGCAGCUCAUCGCACAUGACAAGGAGGUGUACGACAUCGCGUUCAGCCGCGCGGGCGGCGGGCGCGACAUGUUCGCGUCGGUGGGCGCGGACGGCUCCGUGCGCAUGUUCGACCUGCGCCACCUCGAGCACUCCACCAUCAUCUACGAGGACCCGCAGCACACGCCGCUGCUCCGUCUGGCGUGGAACAAGCAGGACCCGAACUACCUGGCCACCGUCGCGAUGGACGCGUGCGAAGUCAUCAUACUGGACGUGCGCGUGCCCUGCACGCCCGUCGCGCGCCUCAACAACCACCGCGCCUGCGUCAACGGCAUCGCCUGGGCGCCCCACAGUUCAUGUCACAUCUGCACCGCGGGCGACGACCACCAGGCGCUGAUCUGGGACAUCCAGCAAAUGCCGCGCGCUAUCGAAGACCCCAUACUGGCCUACACCGCCGCCGAGGGCGAGGUCAACCAGAUACAGUGGGGCGCCACGCAGCCCGACUGGAUCGCGAUAUGCUACAACCGCCACACUGAGAUACUGCGCGUGUAGAAUGGAUAAGUGAUAACACUUGAUGUGGCACACGUUGAGAAUAUUGGCUCCAAGUUGUAGCCUUAGGGAGAAGCCACACGGUGCCAAACAAAGCCAAACAUUUUGCCGUGUCACUGUACACAUAUGGAAUGCGGCGCCGCAAUACGGCACCGUCUCGCUCAAUCGAAGUGCGGUGGGUCUGCGAUGCGGCGCCGGAACGCACCGUCUGGCAUAUCAUUGUUUUUAUAUGCAGGACGCCGCAGCGACACCGCUCCGGCGCCGCGCCGCGACCGCACCGCGCCGUGUGACUUCUCCCUUACAUCCUAUACGCCAACGUGUAGAUCUUGACCUUAUUAUGUCCAACCGAUCUACACAUCAUUGGUGUAUUGGAUUCGAGACUAUAAAUUGGAGCCAAUAUACCCAAUGCAUAGCGCUGGUAAGACGCGACGCUUGCACCAACAGCAAAAAUUAGUAACUACAAGCUGUUCAGAAUAAAAAAUUGUCAUCUGUUAAGAAAGUUCUAGGCGCCUAUUUCGAAUUUCUCAUAAAUUAUUCGUAUAUUACUUCGUCAACUACUUACAUCUCUCACUCACUCUCACUCUCUGAAACCUAUCAAGUUUCUACAAAUCUAUUUAAAUAAUUGUUUACAUACAUUUUUUUUGCUGUUGGUCCAACUAUAGAUAAAAUUAUUUACCACCUAGUAAUGGUAACACUUGUACUGUUAGACGACAAAUAUCGCCGUUUGUGAGCG